AUGUUUUAUGAAGUGGAACUAGUGAGAGAUGUGGAAAUCACAGUGGAAAAGGAAAAGAGAGAUGCUCACAACUUCCAGAGGUACAUUAUAACAUGCUUAUUAGAAAACUUACUGAAGGAGAAGGCCAACAAAGACCAUGGCUAUUUUCUUUCUGUUACUAGCUUGAAGAGCAUAGGCAAGGGAGUUGUUAAGAAUGAGUCUCAAUGUGUUUCGUUCCCCAUUACCUUUAUUUGCCGAACCUUUUUGCCUUUUGAGGGGGAGAUCUUACAUGGAGUUGUUCGUCACAUAUUUCAGCGUGGAUUACUCUUAAAAUGUGGACCGAUCAAGUACGCAUUUCUUUCAGCUCGUAAAAUGCCAACCUACCAGUAUGUUGGUGGUGAAAAUCCUGUAUUCUCAAGCAAAGAAUUUGCUACGAUUGGAAACGAUGUUGUUGUACGGUUCAGUGUGCUUGGUGUGAGAUGGAUAGAGAAAAGAGGAUGUAUAAAAAAAGAGUUUGUGAUGCUUGCUAGCUUAGAAGGUAACAACUCACUUGGACCUAUUUCAUUGUCGGACUCCGAUGAGUUUGACCUGUAAAUUUAGAACACAAACCACAAACUUGGGAAUGUUUCACUGUUAUAUAUUCUCUUACAA